AUGGCGGCGGCGGCGACGGGGAGUGGGGUAUCCCAAGAGGAGGAGGGGCCUAGUGGCGAGGCAGUGGCCCCGCAGCCUCAAGCCCCGACGACUGGGCCUGGGAUGCGUCUUUCGAGGCUCCCUCUGGCGCGAGUAAAGGCCCUGGUGAAGGCGGACCCCGACGUGACGCUCGCCGCACAGGACGCCAUCUUCAUUCUGGCACGAGCCGCGGAAUUGUUUGUGGAGACCAUUGCGAAAGAUGCGUAUUGCUGCGCUCAACAAGGAAAGAGGAAAACCCUCCAGAGGAGAGACUUGGAUAAUGCAAUAGAAGCUGUGGAUGAAUUUGCUUUUCUGAAAGGCACCCGGGGAAUGAGCCCUGUUGGGCCUCCUUAGUCCAACUCUAAGGCUUGAGGAUUCCUGGUCAUCUGUGGUGCAGGCGAGAGUGUCUGCCUUCCCCUGAGGGUGCAGCGUUUUGGGACUCUAGCUUGAAGAAAGGAGGAUUGUCAGACCUUCCCUACAUGGCCGGAUCCUGGCAUUUGGCUGUUGGUGCCUGAGCUGUCCAAAAACAUGCCUGGUUUCUCAGCUGUAUCUUUCAGACUGCCAAAUGCCUUCAGGAAAAAACAGCAUUGGAGGCCAAGUUUACUUUGUCCUGCCUGCUCUAACUUUUAGAUUUGCCCUUUAAAAUUUUUUAAUUAAUUAAUUAAUUUUGGAUUUGCCUUUUCUUACUGGCUUUUCAUUGCUUAGAAAAAAUAUUUAUAUUCAGCUUUAUUAAUGAGUUUCAGCAUAAACUUGCCAUUUUUAAUCCAUUUAUGGAAAAAAUAGAGAUAUGCUUUGCUUUUCUCACAUUACUAUU